AUGUCACCCAAGGAUGUUGAGAAGACAGCCUUUCGAACACCAUAUGGGAAUUUUUAUUAUACGGUCAUGCCAUUCGGCCUUAAGAAUGUUGGCACCACCUACCAAAGAGCCAUGACAGUGGUGUUUCACGACAUGAUGGGAAAGGAAGUCGAGGACUAUGUGGAUGACCUUGUGGUGAAGUCCAAAACCAGAGAAAGCCAUUGGGAAGUUUUGAGGAAGGUGCUGGAAAGGUGUUGGCUGUACGGUUUAAAGAUGAAUCCAAAGAAGUAUGCGUUCGGGGUUUCAUCUGGUAAAUUCUUGGGGUUUCAAGUACACCAGUGUGGCAUAGACGUGGAUCCCGAAAAGACUAAAGCCAUAAAUUCUCUUGCACCGCCUAGAAACCCAAAGGAAUUGAAAAGCUUCAUGGGAAGAUUGUCGUAUAUUCGAUGCUUCAUCCCAGGUCUUGCUGCCACUAUGAGUAUUUUUACUCCCUUACUUAAGAAGGGCAAGCCAUACAAAUAG